AUGCCAAAACGAACGGCCAAUCUAAAAUAUCACGUAUUAGUAGCGAUACAUGAACCAAAAUGUCUGGAAAAGUGGCAUAUAGAAAAUCAAAAACUUCCAAAGAGCCAGCGGAGACCUCCGCCGAAGAAACCAGAGAAGAUUUUGAAAGAAGAUGGAGAAAUUGACGCUGUGGCCACAAACGAAGCUAUAUGGGAGCAUGCCCAAAGCCAGUUGAUUCCUUGCCAAAACUGUGGCAGAACAUUUGCUACCGAUCGUUUGUCCGUGCAUCAAAAAAGCUGCACACCAGAGCAUCCGGCCAGACGAGCUCCAUCGAAAACACGAGCGAAGAGUGAUAAUUCUAACUAG